AACAGACGCUGAUCACAAGACAAAAGAAGCAGAUAAGACCAUACUCACCACCUCUGAACUUUUUCCCUUUUCUUCUUCUUCUUCUCUCUCUCUCUCGAACACGCCAUGGCCAUGCUCUCACUCACCUCUCCCAAACUCACAAACCCCUUCUUCCAAACCCACCAGCACCAUCAGCUCCAACUCCACCGUCAUCAUCAUCAGCAGAAGAUGAAAAGUGUUGGACCCAUCUCCGCCACCAAGAUCCCCUUCUUGCCGACUCCUUCAUCGUCUUCCGGCGAGCUUUACCAGCCGUUCCGGCCGCCGCCCUCCCCACUUCCCAAGAAGUACCGCUCCCUCGACCCCGCCGAGCGCCUCGACAUCCUCCGCAACCGGAUGGGCCUCUGGCACGAGUACGCCCCCCUCAUCCCCGCCCUUGCCAACGACGGCUUCUCCCCGCCCUCCAUCGAGGAGGCCACCGGCAUCUCAGGCGUCGAACAGAACAGCCUCAUCGUUGCCUCCCAGGUCCGCGACUCCCUCCUCUCCUCCUCCUUCGACCCCGACCUCCUCGCCUUCUUCGACGCCGGCAGCGGCGCCGAUCUCUUGUACGAGCUCCGCCUCCUCAACGCCGCCCAGCGCGCCGCCGCCGCCCGCCGCGUCGUCGAGCAGCGCCUCGACCCCAAGGGCGCCAAGGAGCUGGCCCGGGCCGUCAAGGACUUCCCCCGCCGCCGCGGGGACAGCGACUGGGCCCGCUUCUCCGCUUCCCACCCGGGGGACUGCCUCGCCUACACCCACUUCCGCCUCAGCCGGGAGGCGCUCUCGGCCGGCGACCGGAUCGCGGCGCUCGAGCGGGCGAUGGAGGCGGCGGAGACGGAGGGGGCCAGGAAGAGGAUCGAGGAGGAGAUGGAGAAGGCGGCUGGCGGAGGGAGAGAAGGAAUCGAGGAGAGCGAAGGGGCGGGAAGGGUGACGGUGCCGGUGGUGCGGCUGAGGUACGGGGAGGUGGCGGAGGCGACGUCGGUGGCGCUUCUGCCGGUGUGCCGGGCGGGGGAGGGAGCGGAAGGGGUUGCGGCGGCGCCGGGGUGGUGCAGGGCGGAGGGGGAGCUGGGGGUGGUUGCGGCGGAGAGGGGGUGGGGGAGGUGGAUGGUGCUGCCGGGGUGGGGGCCGGUGGCGGCGGUUGGGAAGGGGGGAGGGGUGGCGGUUGAGUUCGGUGAUGGGAGGGUGCUUCCGUGGAAGGCGAGCAUUAAGUCGGGGAUGGAGGAGGCGGUGCUGGUGGUGGCGGACCGGGGGAGGAGGGAGGUGGCUGAGGAGGACGGCUUCUAUCUGGUCGCGGAAGGCGAGAAGGGGGAAUUGGGGGUGGAGAGCGGGGAUAAGCUACUGGAGAAGGGGGUGGAGGAGGCGCUGGGGACGGUGGUUUUGGUGGUGAGGCCCCCCAAGGAGGAGGAGGAUGAUCAGUUGGCCGACGAGGACUGGGAGUGACACUUUCGUUACACGAAUUUUGUUUUUGUCUUUCUUUUCAUCGCCCCAAUUGAAUUGUUGGGGGUUGGGAAUUGGAUUGAAGUUGGAACACCAAUCUUUACGAUUUGGAUUUUUAUGGGACUCUCUCUAAUUUUCGUGGGCUUGGAGACGGAAAAAAGCCAUUAUUGUAACACGAGAAAGAAUGAAAAUUUUAUCAGAUCGGAGUUGAUUUUUAUAUAUAAGAUUUGAUUUCUUAUGA